CACCGCAAGGCAUGAAGUGGUAUGGUGAAUCAAAAAACCCAUCGAAUGUACGAGAAAGUCCAAGUGCUUCCAUUGGGGCCUGGUAUAUGAAAAAGACAGAACUGGCCAUCCACUUGGUAACCAGAAUGUCCUUCGACCAGGAUAUAACGCAAUGACAACCCUUUCCUACCUCUUACAGGGUCUUCAUAUCAAAGAGUCUGCCGAGACCUAUCACAACGUAUAUUUCGAGUCGUUCCGUGAUCAUGGAUUUGUUCCAGACUACGGAGUUAGCCUAAAGACGGAAUUCGCUCGUCUAGCCAAGCACCAGGGCUGGGUCGAUAAAAAAGGCAAGAUCCGAAACCGUGACCAAUACGCCGAUCAGAAAUGCGAAGCUUUCCAAGAAGAAAUCAACUCUUUCUUCGAAGACAAAGCUUCGAAACUAGAGAGCUGGCAGACUUUGUGCCGUGAGGUUCGGAUUGAUCCUGUGCCAGUUUCGAUAUCGAAGUGUAAGAAGGCUCUCAGGACCGAAGUGUUUGUGAAUCUGGUGGACCUGAUGAACGCUCGCCGCCUUGGACGCGAAGUCAAGGUGUUCAAGUCCUUCGCUGAGCUCGCAAAAUACACCCAUUCGAAGAAACUCUAUUAUCCUCUAGACGCGGCAAAGGCUGGCGGGAUCGUCCGAAUCUUGCUAGAGGACUUCCACCGCAGGUACUGACGGGUGGGAGGGCUUGUGCUGUGUGGUUGACGGGGAGCUGGACGCCCUCGCUCUACCAUACAUGAAUGAUACUAGAAUAGCCAUGUCUACCAGACGAAUCCUACCAGACCCUCGACUUUUGUGUGUACACAGUGAAAGUGAACGAAGGUUGAUUCCUUGCAGAGCAGAAGCGGGAUGAUCCAUCCGUCGUUUUCCUAGAACAUGAGUCACUAGCACAAGCACGCGCUUGUUCUCUCUCCCAUCUUUAUACCUAGAGC